UUCUAACCUAUUUUGAUUUGGUAGUUAAUGUUUUAGAUUGUAUGUAGUGUUGAUAUAAUUUCAAUAAUUAUAUUUAACGACUUAAACGAAUUAUGAGUAAUACUACUGAGAAAGCUCUGAGUCUUCUUCGUUAUUUACCGAGAGUAUGUAUCGGUAAUAUCAGAGAUAAUCCUGGAUCUAAACAGCGAAGUAAAAGAGGUAGAGCUCAACAUGGAGGAGAUUAUCAUGGAGACGGUAAUAAAGGUUCAAAAGCAAGACAAAAUUUUACAAGAUUAGGUUACGAAACGGGAAAUAAUCCUUUCUAUUUACGUUUUCCUUGGGAACCAUAUUAUAAAGGACAUCACUUAAAACGAGAAUAUCCUCCUUUAUCAAUGUUAGAUCUUCAAAAACUGAUUGAUACAAACAGAAUUGAUAGCACAAAACCAGUGGACCUAGUAACAAUAUUAAAUACUGGUCUCUUUAAACUCUUCCCAGAUCAAAGACAAUUUGGUGUGCAAUUAACAGAUGAAGGUGCUGAUAUAUUUGAAGCAAAGAUAAAUUUGGAAGUUCAAUGGGCGAGUGAAAAUGUUAUUGCUGCAAUUGAAAGAAGGGGAGGGAUAAUCACUACUGCUUAUUAUGAUCCCCAUAGUUUGCAAGCAAUGGUUAAUAGUAAGAAAUUUUUUGAAAGAGGAAUUCCAAUUCCACGUAGAAUGAUGCCUCCUCCCGAUGCAAUUGAGUAUUACUCAGAUGCUUCCAAAAGAGGAUACUUAGCAGAUCCUGAUAAAAUAUCAGAAGAACGUUUAGUAUUGGCACAAAAAUAUGGAUAUACAUUACCAAAAAUAGAAGACGACCCUCAAUAUGAUAUGUUAAUGGAAAGAAAGGAUCCUCGUCAGAUAUUUUAUGGCUUGCAUCCUGGUUGGGUAGUGAAUUUGAAGGAUAAAGUAAUACUUAAACCCCUUGAAGAAGAAUUAAAAGAAUAUUAUGCUUCAUAGAUCAUUCUUGUUACUAACUAGUUUGUAUAUAGAGCAAUAAAUUUUAAAUAAUUA